AUGACAUCUUACCUUCAGAAAGAAAGGAUUCCAGACCAGUGGAAGACCUCGCGAAUCGUUCUUAUCCAUAAGAAAGGUGACCGAGAGGACCUUCGUUACCACCGUCCGAUAUACUUGCUGAGCGUGUUUCACAAGAUGUUCACUAAGAUCAUCCUCACGCGCAUACAUAGGACGCUGGAUGAAGCCCAACCUCAAGAACAAGCUGGAUUCCUCCAAGGGUUCAGCUGCUUGAGCCACAUCCAGACCGUGUCGAGCGUCAUAGAGGUUUGCCAGGAAUACCGCCAGCCCUUUGUUCUAACCUUCGUCAACUAUAAGAAAGCUUUCGACAGCGUAGAAACGAAUGUAAUACUGCCAGCGCUUGUCGAUUGCAGUGUGUACGCCUCGUAUUUGAGGUCAUUAGCAAACUGCUACAACCGAUGCACCACCAAGAUACAGUUUUUCCUCCGCCCCCUCACCAUACCCAUUGGAAAGGGAGCACGACAAGGCGAUACUAUAUCGCCGAAGCUGUUCACGGCUGCAUUGCAUUAG